AUGUCUAUGACCAGCAAACAGUACAAGGCUCUCAAAGGUGCAGUGCUAUAUAAGCCGCCCUGCAUCUCUGGAACUGUCCCUCUCCCUCCCGAGGCGGCCACCCUCUUCUUCCAUCACGGAGACACUACAGGCUUUGCCAAUCCUGAUAACGCAGAAGUCGAGUUGCUGGCCAAAUGCUGCGAGCCAGCUACGUUUGGGCUCAACAAGGAAGAUGUAUACGACGAAACAUACAGAAAGGCUGGCAAGUUAGACAUUGAUAGCUUCGCGAUGAACAUCGAUCUAGCGCGUCUUGAGUUAGUCGAGGAGAUCUCCUCCAGACUGUUGGCUCAGGAACGGCCAUUCAAAGCAGAACUCUACAAGCUGAAUGUCUACGGUUCUGGUUCGUUCUUCAAGGCCCACAAGGAUACCCCGAGGGGAGAAAACAUGUUUGGGUCCCUUGUCCUCGUCCUACCUGUCCCUCACAAAGGGGGCGAACUCGUUCUCCGUCAAAACGGCAACGAGUGGAAGUACGACUCCUCCGCUUUGACAUCUCAAGAUGGCACACCAACCAUCUCAUACGUUGCCUUCUACGGUGACAUCGAGCACGAAGUGUUGCCGGUCGAAUCCGGCCAUCGUAUCACUCUAACGUAUAACCUCUUCUUCAAGGAAUCACAAAUCUGGCGCGCGCCCAACUACGACAUUAAUUCACAUCCAUUGAAGAUAGAGUUAGAGAAGGCAUUGAAGGAUCCUAUGUUCUUGAAGGACGGGGCCUUUCUUGGUUGGGGACUGCAAUACGACUAUCCAGUAGAGGCAAGGCCCACUGAAGGUCGCAGACGCCGUAGGAACCGACUCGACGUUGUAGCUGACAACCUCAAAGGAGAAGACGCCUUAAUCGCCCAGAUGUGCAAGGACCUCAAACUCACGGCAGAAACAUAUGUGAUAUUUGAAUUCUCCGAAGAACAACCCGACAUCGUCCUUAGACACGUCCCGAGCCUCUCAGGCGUGAAUGAAGAGGAGAUCUAUCCCUACCUUUCGGGACUGUCAGAUGCAAAACAAGUCAUCGAUGGGACCUACCAACACAAAUUCAGCAAAGACGAAAGCGGAAUUGCACCUGAGGUAAUUUGGUGGUUAAAUAAUCCGAAAUACGUGAACGCCGAGGUACCGCACAUAGGUUGGGGUAACCAAGCCUGCCUUGACUACGAGUAUGGGUGCUUUUGUCUGCUAAUCAUGGUUGAUGAGUAUGAAGCCAGAAUUGGUGAUGUCGCCUCUCAAACGUAG